GCAGCACCAACAGCCCCUGCCAGCAGCCUGCAAUCGCGGGAGCGCCCCGCUCCUCCGCCUCUCCAUCCUCCUCCUCCUCCUCCUCCUCCUCCUCCUCCUCCUCCUCCCCCCCCCCGCUGCCCACCGGCCUGCGGCACCCCUCCGCGGCCUCCGGCCCCACCAGGCACAGACAAUGACUUCAUGCGGAUUAUGCAUCUGAAGAAAUCACCAGCUCCCAGCUAGCCACAGGGGGAGGUAUCCAUGUGUUUGGCAGGGAAGCAGCCUCCCGCUCGCCUGCCUUCUCCCCCUCCGUUCUCCUCGCACCCGGCAGCUGCCUCCUCUCCGCCGAUGGUCGCCUCCGGUCCCCCCGCCCGGUGCUGAGCGAGGCCCCGGCGCAUCCCCGCUCCCACGCCUGCACCAAGCAGAGUGGCCACCCCGGGGUGCCGACGCGGACCAUGAUGGACCUGAAGGUGGACGAGGAGGAGGUGGACAGCGGGCAGCCGGUGAGCAUCCAGGCCUUCGCCAGCAGCUCCACCCUCCACGGGCUCUCGCACAUCUUCUCGUACGAGCGGCUGUCGCUGAAGCGCGUGGUCUGGGCGCUGUGCUUCCUGGGCUCGCUGGCGCUGCUCGCCCUCGUCUGCACCAACCGCAUCCAGUACUACUUCCUCUACCCCCACGUCACCAAGCUGGACGAGGUGGCGGCCACCAGGCUCACCUUCCCCGCCGUCACCUUCUGCAACCUCAACGAGUUUCGUUUCAGCCGGGUCACCAAGAACGACCUGUACCACGCCGGCGAGCUCCUCGCCCUGCUCAAUAACAGAUACGAGAUCCCAGACACCCAGACCGCCGAUGAGAAGCAACUGGAAAUCCUGCAGGACAAGGCGAACUUCCGAAACUUCAAGCCCAAACCUUUCAACAUGCUGGAAUUUUAUGACCGGGCUGGCCACGACAUCCGGGAGAUGCUGCUGUCCUGCUUCUUCCGCGGGGAGCAAUGCACCCCCGAAGACUUCAAAGUGGUCUUCACCCGCUAUGGGAAGUGCUACACCUUCAACGCGGGGCAGGACGGGAAGCCCCGGCUCAUCACCAUGAAGGGGGGCACCGGCAACGGCCUGGAGAUCAUGCUGGACAUUCAGCAGGACGAGUACCUGCCAGUGUGGGGGGAAACAGACGAGACCUCAUUCGAAGCCGGGAUCAAGGUGCAGAUCCACAGCCAGGACGAGCCCCCGCUGAUCGACCAGCUGGGCUUCGGGGUGGCGCCUGGCUUCCAGACCUUUGUGUCCUGCCAGGAGCAGCGGCUUAUCUACCUACCGCCUCCCUGGGGCGACUGCAAGGCCGUGGCGGGCGACUCGGAGUUUUACGACACCUACAGCAUCACCGCCUGCCGCAUCGACUGCGAGACCCGCUACCUGGUGGAGAACUGCAACUGCCGCAUGGUGCACAUGCCAGGCGAUGCCCCUUACUGCACCCCGGAGCAGUACAAAGAGUGCGCAGAUCCGGCCUUAGAUUUCCUGGUGGAGAAGGACAACGAGUACUGCGUCUGCGAGAUGCCCUGCAACGUGACCCGCUACGGCAAAGAGCUCUCCAUGGUGAAGAUCCCCAGCAAAGCCUCCGCCAAGUACCUGGCCAAGAAGUACAACAAGUCGGAGCAGUACAUCGGGGAGAACAUCCUGGUGCUGGAUAUCUUCUUUGAAGCCCUGAACUACGAGACGAUCGAGCAGAAGAAGGCGUAUGAGGUGGCCGGCUUGCUGGGUGACAUUGGAGGCCAGAUGGGGCUGUUCAUCGGGGCCAGUAUCCUCACGGUACUGGAGCUGUUCGACUACGCCUACGAGGUGAUAAAGCACCGGCUGUGCCGGCGGGGCAAGUGCCGCAAGAAUCACAAGAGGAACAACACGGACAAGGGCAUCGCGCUGAGCAUGGACGAUGUGAAACGCCACAAUCCCUGUGAAAGCAUACGGGGCCACCCAGCAGGCAUGACGUACGCAGCCAACAUCCUACCUCAUCACCCGGCCCGGGGCACCUUUGAGGACUUCACCUGCUAACCGACGUCUGGAUGUACAACCUGAGCUACCAAAGCCCUCCGGAGAGCUGCCCUUCUCCCUGCGAGCGCCAGCGGAGAAACACAUCUAGGGGACCUUGCUCCUCGCCACGGUGGGACAUGGACAAGAGCGACGGCCUCGGAUUUCGGGGCAGGCGGUCGGGUCGGGUCACGCUCGAACCCGGCGCGCAGCCCCCGCGGCAGCUGCUCCGCGCCUGCCCCGCUAGUUCAGAGACUCGAGGAUGCUCCAGCCCGGCCAUCCUCGCGGCGCGGGGAGCGACACGCACAGCGGGCUGGGGCACGGGCCUGCCCCGUCUCCUCCCCUCAGCUCCCCUCGGCCUUUUUAACUAGAAACCCAGAAGCCAAGAAGAAGCAGCCGUUCGGCCGCAGAGUCUCCAUCCACAGCCCUGUCCGUCUGUCCAUCCAUUGUCUCCAUGCCCAUCCUGCUCCAACGCCUUGGCCGGCGCUUGCUGGGACCCCCAUGCCCGGCAGGAGGGAUCAUCGAGGAGCCCCACAGCGUGCCCGGCAGGCCCGGCAGCAGGUUCGGCAGUCCCAGGAGAGCCUCGUUGUCCCCUGGGACCGCGGCGUCCCGCAGCCCACCCUCGCCUGGGCGCUCCCGGCCACUCCAUGCGCAUGAAGACGGGGCGCCUCCACCUCUCCGAAACGUCUUCCUCGGCACCCUGCCCCAGGGACGGCAGUGCCCGGCCACCGAGCUCGCUGGCCAGCCACGAUUGCCAGAGGGGACUCGGCCGGGGGUGCCACCUCGGCACUGAAGACCCUGCUACCUUCCCUCGGCCGCCUCGGGUCGGGCGACGGUGUGGUCUCCCUGCCCGUCUCUCCUGGGCUCCGCGCAGCCCAGCCAGCGCCAGCCCUGCCCCGCAGUCCCUCCCGUCCCCAGGGAACCUGGGGCUACCCCGUGCGGCCCCCAAAAACAGCCAUUCUCGGGGAGAAAGGCAGAAGGAAAACUCCUGGCCCCCAUUUCGGCUGCAGCCACCGGCCCGGCUCGGCCAGGGGUACCACGCGGGACAGCCCCUUGGCACCGCUUUGGCCAGGCGGGCACAGGAGCCCCAGCACCAAAAGGGUUCAUAGGUUAAGGGACACCCCAUGGCACAGGGUGCUCUGGUCCACGGGACCGCAGGCUCCCACCCCGCUGAACCCCCCGACAGCGGCUGUCCCUGGGCACCACGAGCCCUGGGCAUCUUCGGGGCGCCUGCCGGCUCGCUGCCCCGGGACCACCGCUGCUCCUCCCGUCGCUGCCCUCUCCCCGGCACGCAGAGACCUGCCCUGGCAGCCGGGGUCCGGCCGUCCGGCACCGGCCAAGUCUCUGCUCCCCGGGCCCGCAAGCGCACCGCCAUUUCGCUCUCGGGUCGGUGGAAAUCGGCCCCCCCAGCCCCUGCCAGCCCCCAGGCCCUGCACAUCAAGCAAGAGCCCUCUCAGGGCUGAAGUGCUACUUAUCUUUAAGAGCUUUUGCAAUAAGUCUUUUUAGUAAUUAUUAUUUCUAAACUGCAGUUUUAGUUUUAUUAUUGUCAUUAUUAUUAUUAUUAUUGUUAUUAUUAUUUGCUUCCUGACCAAAAUUAGGAACUGGGGGGUCAGUCCUUUGUAUCCAGCGAUCGCCCAAAGAUGACGGGUCGGCCACAUCCAUAAAUUUUCUUAUGGAUUUUUCCUAA